AUGGCGUUGGCCGGCGCGCUAGGGUACCUUGGUCGCAGCGUGAGGGACAAGCUGCGCGCAACGCUGGGCGGGGACGACGCGGACGUGCUCCUCGUGACGGCGCACCCCGACGACGAGUGCAUGUUCUUUACUCCGACGAUACGCACGCUCGUGGAGCGGACGGGCGCGGCGGGCGGUGGCCCUGAGAGCGCUGGGGAUGGGUGCGGGGUGGCUUUGCUGUGUCUGUCGAACGGCGAUGCGGCGGGGCUGGGCGCAGUGCGCGAGAAGGAGCUGUUGGAGGCGGCGGAGGGCCUCGGUGUCCCGCGGGACGACGUGACGGUCCUGAACGACGAGCGUUUGCAGGAUGGGAUGCGGACUACCUGGCCGGCGAAAGCGGUGUGCGGCGCCGUGAGGCGCGAGGUCGAGCGGCUCAGGUCGAAGCCUCUCCGACGGAAGCGAAGGCUCUGUACCAUAAUCACCUUUGACGCGGGCGGGGUGUCUGGGCACCCCAACCACAGGGCGUGCUGGGAGGGCGUCAGCGAGCUCAUGCGCGACACCGCGUUCUGCAGGAAACACAACAUUCGGGCCUGGACGCUGCGCUCGGAACCACUCUUCCUCAAAUACCUAGGACCGUUCGGCGCUGCGGCGCGGUACCUGCAGCACGCGUACCGCCCGCGGCUGUCCGCCGCCGCGGUGUGCGGCCUCGGCGGCGUGAGCGCGGCGGCCUGGGCCAUGCGCGCACACGAGUCGCAGAUGGUGUGGUUCCGGCACUUCUACCUCGCGUUCACGACUUAUACCAUGGUCAACAUACUGGACCCGCUGGUCGCGAUGCCGACAUAG